AUGGCUCCCAGAAGAACGCGCGCAAGCGCUGCUGCCGAACUUCAAGUCGAAAGCGGUCAACAAGUCUCGAGUCCUCCCCCAGAACCUGCUGCCAAACGCCAGCCUCUCAAGAAAGCUCCUGCUAAAGUCAAGAAUGAAACCAAAGUUGAAGUUUCCAAGAAACCGUUGCCUACGCGCAAGCGUAAGGCUCCUGCACCCAAGGAAGAGUCUCCAGUCUUUGGUGACGAGUUGCCGCACAACCUUGGCUCUCUGCCCACUCCCGAUACCGAUGAUGUUGACGAGGCCAAAGAGGCUUCACCACCGAAAAAGGCCAGACGUGUUGCAAAGGCCAAGCAGAUUGCAGACGUCAAGCCUGAGAUCAAAGACGAAGCCACUUCCGCAGAUGUCAAGACUGACGGCAAGCCCAAGAAGAAGGCCACGAAGGCCAAGAGUCACAAACUUACUCCUGGCGAGACUCCGUAUCCUGACUACGCUCAUCCUACCUCGGAAGAGUGUUAUGAAGUUGAACGCAUCCUUGCCAAGAAGCACGGCAAAGUCACGGCACCAAAGUCUAUCCCAAUGCCCUCACUGGAAGUUACUGGCUGUGGUGAGGUUCCUUCGGUCUUGGAUGCCUUGAUCAGAACCAGGCUAUCUGCUGCGACGACUGGUAAGAACUCGUCCAAUGCUUUCAAAGGCCUCGUCAAGACUUUCGGCACUCUCAAGGAGGGUGUUGGCAAAGGCAGUGUUGACUGGAACAAGGUGCGCCUCGCAUCUCAGACAGAUGUGUUUGAAGCCAUCAAGAGCGGAGGUCUUGCCAACAACAAGAGCAAAGACAUCAAAGCAAUCCUGGACAUGGUCUACGAAGAGAACCAAGCUCGUUACGCUGCUUUGAAGAAAGAGAAAGAGACCAAGACCGAGGCUGAUGGUCCAGCAGGUUCCGAGAAUGAGCCUGCGCAAGAGAAAAAUACCGAGAUUCAGCGUGUCGAGUCCGGUGUACUUUCUCUCGAUCAUCUGCAUCUGCUCUCUAACGAAGACGCAUUCGCUCGUAUGGUCCAGUUCCCUGGAAUCGGUCCAAAGACAGCCUCAUGCGUCUUGCUUUUCUGUCUGCAACGCCCUUCGUUCGCGGUCGAUACACAUGUCUUCCGCCUUUGUCAAUACCUAGGCUGGGUGCCAAAGGAAACGCAAAAGGGUCAGCCUCCUGUCAACCGUGAGACCACUUUCGCUCACUGCGAGGCACGUGUCCCCGAUGACCUCAAGUAUCCACUGCACCAGCUUCUCAUCAAGCAUGGCAAGGAAUGUCCCAGAUGCCGCGCUGCUACGAGCACUAGUAGUGAGCGUUGGGAGGAAGGAUGCCCAAUUGAGCAUCUCGUCUCGAGAUAUGGCGCCAAGAAGGGAGAAGUGUCACCUGCAGGCAAAGCAGCCCCAAAGACGAAGAGAGCUGCCGCUACCAAGAAAGGCAAGGGCAAGAAGAAGGUCGACAGCGACAGUGAGGAAGCUGAGAGCAGUGACCUCAGCGAUGUCGAGGGUGACGACGACUACGAGUAA